AUGUCGUGCACUCGCGCAUUAUUGUGCGGAGUUCGGUGUUUAACUAGAAGAAGUUCAGUAGGGUAUAUUCAUAUCGGAAGCACAAAUGAGGCAAUUGGAAGAUUUCCGCAAAGUCAUGGUGGAUCUAGGAAACGGAGAGGGGCAGUUCGUCGAUUAGCUUCAAUUGAUGACAUUGUUGAGCCAAGAAAAGUUGCUCAUGUUAGCCAACACGCAGCUGGAAUGGAAGAAUGGAUUGAAGGAUUAGACAAGAUUUCGAUCGAUUUGGCACUUGACGAAUUUAUGCGAAGACCUAUGGUUAGGCAGCAGGCACGGGAAAGUGGAAUCAACGAAAAAUUAUUUAUGAGAGCUUUCAAAAGUUUUCGUGAAUACGUCACCCCUAAUAAUUUAUCAUCUGUGGAUCCAGCUCUUUUAAUUCUUCUCAGUGAUAUCAAUAAAGGAGAAAAAGAUGUUGACAUGCUUUAUCCAUUCUUCCUUGACCAUGCCAAACAGGUAUUCCCUCAUUUGGAAGCGAUGGAUGACCUGAGGAUCAUUUCUGAUCUCACUCAACCACAUAACUGGUAUCCUGAAGCAAGAGCAUUGACGAGAAAAAUCUUCUUUCAUGCUGGACCAACAAAUUCUGGAAAAACGUAUCACGCGCUCAAAAGAUUUGGUGAAGCGAAAAGUGCCGUCUUCUGCGGACCGUUGAAACUUUUAGCUUCAGAAGUUUUUACAAAAUCAAACGAGCUUGGAAUUCCGUGUGAUUUAGUUACUGGUGAGGAAAGAAGGUUUGCCAAAGAUAAUCAUCAUCCAUCCCAACAUUUAUCUUCGACCGUCGAAAUGUUGUCAACACAAAUGCGCGUUGAUGUUGCUGUUAUUGAUGAAAUUCAAAUGCUUCGCGAUGAGCAAAGGGGAUGGGCUUGGACAAGAGCAUUGCUUGGAGUUGCUGCUGAUGAGGUUCAUUUGUGCGGAGAAGUUGCUGCUAUCGAAAUUGUCAAGAAGCUUCUUGAACCGAUUGGAGAAACUGUCGAAGUUCGGUAUUAUGAAAGAAAAACACCAUUGACAAUUGCUGAUCGCGGUAUUGAAUCAUAUGACAAUAUUGAGCCAGGCGAUUGUAUCGUGUGUUUUUCGAAGAAAAGUAUUUUUUACAAUUCGAAGAAGUUAGAAGAGAAUGGCAUUAAACCUGCCGUUAUUUACGGCGAUUUGCCACCAGGAACUAAAUUGGCUCAAGCCGCAAAAUUCAAUGAUCCUGAUGAUCCGUGCAAUGUUCUUGUCGCUACCGAUGCGAUCGGAAUGGGCCUUAAUUUAAACAUUCGGAGAGUAAUUUUUAAUAGCUGCACGAGAAACUCCGAGCUUUUACCAACAUAUUCAGCACUUCAGAUUGCUGGAAGAGCAGGAAGAUUUGGAACAUCAUAUGCGAAUGGAGUUGUUACCACAAUGAAGACACAGGAUUUGAGCACUUUGAAAGCUAUUUUAUCGCAAAAGAUUGAACCAAUUUCUACUGUUGGAAUUGCUCCUACUUACGAUCAAAUCGAGACAUUUUCCUUCCAUCUUCCUCAAGCUUCGUUUGUCAGACUCCUCGAUUUAUUUGUAUCAGUUUGCUCUGUAUCGGAUCAUUUCUUCAUUUGUACGGUUGACGAUAUGCGCGAAUUGGCAAUUCUCAUCGAUCAAAUUCCGCUUCCGCUGAAAGUUCGCUACACAUUCUGCACAUCUCCGCUCAACACUAAUGAUAAACGAACAGCGGCUGCGUUCGUAAAAAUGGCGCGAAGGUUUUCGACAGGACAAGCACUCACUUAUGAAUGGCUCAUGGAUAUGCUCGAAUGGCCGCCGAAACCGGCAACAACACUUGCGGAGCUCGUGAUUCUUGAGCAGACAUAUGAGAUUCUUGAUCAAUACAUGUGGCUGUCAAUGCGAUUCCCUGAUAUGUUGCCCGAUGAACCGAGUGUACGGCAAGCUAGCAGAGAACUGGAUAAGAUGAUUCAAGAAGGAGUUGAAGGUUUCAUGAACUUAUUGAGCAGCAACCGGGAAGCAGAACAAAAAUACAGAAGAAAUAAAAAUAUAUCAGAACAAACUAGCGGCAAAAGGUCAAUUUUACAAUCAUUACUGCAACACGCUGAUUUGAGCGAAGAAGAUUUGAAACAACUUCGAGAGGAGCUGAAUCAAGUGAAAAAAUGA